GGUCGGUCGCAUGCAUUUCGAUAAUAGGGGGAAUUGUGGUGCAUUUCCGAACGAACAGAGGGAGUCAAUCGGAGUGGCCGGUGAUGUUUGGUGUGUGUCGAGUCAACAACGGCCGGCGACAGGCGAACUUGUAAUGCGACAGCUGUGCGCGCUGAAUCUCAUUGUUCCAGUUCGCCACUUUUAUACAGGGAAAUCUCAUCUCGAAAAUGCUACAGCAAUGGGCGUGGGCGAAGGUUAUGUUAACGGUGAUAUUACUUGUUGGGAACGGCGGAGGAACAUUUCCGAACCUGGUAGUUGAUAAACAGAUCAUAACUAUUGGAGCAGUCCUACCUCCAAAUACGGUAACAGAGGUGGCGUUCAGAUCAGCUCUGGACCGAGCGAACAUGGAGAGUGAAAAGUACCAAUUCACCGUACAAGUAGCUCAUGCCCCGUUUGGUGAUAGUUUCGCGGCCUCUAAAGCUGCAUGCACACUACUAGCUGGUGGUGUGGUCACAAUCUUCGGUCCCACCGACCCCACGUCUGCUUCUGCAGUGGAGGCCAAGUGCAGAGAAGCCGGGAUUCCACAUAUCCAGGCAGUAUGGCGGCCGCCUCGCCCCAGAGGUGAACCGCAGCCGGAGCCACCAGGCAUCAACCUGUACCCAGAAGCCGUGGCUCUGUCCAAGGCUCUAGCCCACUUCAUCAAGGACAGUGACUGGAACACCUACACACUGCUUUAUGAUGACGACCUUGGUCUAAUUCGUCUUCAAGAGAUACUAAAACAUGCAGAUCCAGAACACAAAUGGUUUGUACGAAGGUUACUUCCCGGGGAGGACAACCGUCCCCUCUUGAAGUCUCUCAAAGCCCUAGGGGAGACCAGGGUCAUUCUGGACUGUCCACCUGAAAGGGUGGUUGACUAUCUACGUCAGGCCCGUGAAGUGAAAUUCUUUGAAGAUUACAUGAGUUACAUCAUCACUUCAUUGGACGCACAUACAUUGGACUUAGAUGAUCUGAGAAUAAAUUUAUCAAACGUAACUUGUUUAAGAAUAUUCGAUAAUGAAGACUCUAUAACAAAAUCUUACUUGUAUCAAUGGAAAUCACGAAAUACAGAAAAUGUACCUCUACCAACGGACACUCACGAAAUAACAGUGGAAGCAGCUUUGGCCAGUGACGCUGCUCGACUGAUAACAGAUGCAGUUGAAAGUUCUCCAGAUGACUACAUCAAACAAGAAGAACUGGAACUGGAAUGUAAUAGUGGGUCGAAAUGGCCUAACGGGGAAGAAUUCACCAAACAUUUACUAACGAAUCGACCUGUAGGCAAAACAAUAACAAACGAAAUUGUGCUAGACGAAGUUACAGGACAACGUACAGUCUUUAACGCUGAAGUUAUGGAGUUGUCCAAUAGUGGGUUCAACAAGAUAGCGACAUGGAACCCUGAGACAGGCUUUGAUUACAUCCGAUCAGCUGGCCAGACUUCUGAUCUGCUAGCCGAAAAAUGGCAAAACAAAACUUUCAAAGUAGUGUCCCGAAUAGGAGCGCCAUAUCUCGUCGAAAGAGUUCCCGAAGAAGGCCAGGAAUUUUUUGGAAACGAUCGAUACGAAGGCUAUUCAAAAGACUUGAUACACGAAAUAUUGAAGGAAACGCUGCAUUUAAAUUAUGAGUUUGAAAUCGUGCCAGGAAACGGGUACGGGUCAUUCAAUAAAGAAACUAAAAAAUGGGACGGUCUUGUAGGACAUCUUUUAGAGAGGAAGGCGGACCUAGCAAUCUGCGAUUUGACAAUAACAUACGAGCGACGGUCGUACGUAGACUUUACGACACCGUUCAUGACAUUAGGCAUAAGUAUCUUGUAUACAAAACCUGCUCCCCCAGAGCCUGAACUGUUUUCCUUUCUGAAGCCAUUUUCUGUUGAUGUCUGGAUCUACAUGGGCGCUGCUUACUUGAUGGUAUCAUUGUUACUUCAUGUUUUAGCACGGCUGGCACCAAAUGACUGGGAGAACCCGCAUCCCUGCGAUAAAUCUCCAGAAGAACUUGAGAAUAUUUGGCACAUCAAGAACUCUUGUUGGCUGACCAUGGGCUCCAUUAUGACUCAAGGCUCCGAUAUUCUUCCUAAGGGUUACUCCACCCGUUGGGUAUGCGGCAUGUGGUGGUUCUUCGCCCUGAUCAUGUGUUCGUCGUAUACUGCCAACCUGGCCGCGUUUCUAACUAACGCAGCUAUGGACGACUCCAUCAAGAGCGCAGAAGAUCUAGCCAUGCAAACCAAAAUUAAGUAUGGCACCGUGAAUGGCGGCUCCACGUAUCAAUUUUUCAGACGAUCAAACGUUUCCAUCUACCAGAGAAUGUGGGCAGCAAUGGAGUCAGCUCGACCCCCGGUGUUCGUCAAGAACAAUGACGAGGGAGUGGAGAGGGUGCGCAAGGGCAAACGGCAAUACGCUUUCAUCAUGGAAUCCACCGCCAUUGAAUACCAACUGGAAAGGCACUGUGACUUGGUACAAGUGGGAGGACUUCUCGAUUCUAAGGGUUACGGCAUUGCUAUGCCAUUUUCGUCGUCAUAUCGUACUGCUGUGGACAAUGCUGUAUUGAAGUUAGCUGAAAGUGGGAAGCUUAUGGAGCUUAAGAAUCGAUGGUGGAAAGCACCCGAAGAUGAAGCAGAGAAGUGUGUCGCGGAGGUGGCAGGUGAAGAAGGCGCGACGGCGGCGGAGCUGGGCGUGAGCAACGUGGGCGGCGUAUUCGUGGUGCUGGGCAUUGGGUGCGGCAUGGCGGCCGGCAUGGGCGCGCUCGAAUUCCUCUGGCACAUCAGAGAGGUGGCUGUCGAGCAGAAGAUGACGCAAUGGGAAGCUUUUAUAGCCGAGCUGACGUUCGCGCUCAGCUUCUGGGAGACGGAGAAACCAGUGGAGCACCCCAAGUCUUCCUCCAGCUCGGCGUCCAGCUCCAACCCUGCUUCCAGAGCGUCUUCCGUGCUACGGUCUGCUGCUAAUCUGUUCCGCCUUGAUGUUUUUAAGUAAAUUAUAGGUGGCAAGCGGAAAAAAUACUCCUUCUAUUUUAUUAUUAUUUAUUUAACAGUUUAUUGUACACAGAACAGGAUAUAAAAAAAAUCAAUUAGACUAACACAAGACAGACAAACGGUUCAGCUUUUUUCUAGUAGAAAUAUCUUCCAGCAGACCGAUUAAUUAAUUGCCUUUCACUAUACAUAUCGUUCUCUAUAAGUAUACUUGUCCACACUUUACCUAGUAACUAAUGUAAUUGUCCUAUUUGCACCUGUCCUAGAGACAUUUACUUCACUUAAUUCCUCUCUAGAUAACUUAUUAUAAAUAAAAUAAUGAACUUUA